AUGGAGAAUGAGAGUUUGCCUCACCAUUGCCAGCCUUGCACCAACCGGGUGAAUUCUGAGCUCUCCCGCAUGACAAGUGUGUUAAGCCGGCAAAAUUCCCAUCCCUCCUCUUCUGGAGCUCCACAACCGCAAACAUACUCAGGCGAGUACUAUCAGGAAGUGCACCCUCUUCCCAAACUCGAAAGCCUCGACGAGUGGUGUGUCCUUCCGAUUGCCCGCCAUGAUUCUCAUCCGCAAACGACAACUCAACUUCAACUUUCCGACAUAGAGUUAGGACCAACGUGGACCACCGAGCAGACUUAUCCAGAAGCCAUGAACGGCCGAGUUGAACCAACUUCUGUGCUGGAAGACUUUGCUCUCUCGCCAUUUGCUGCUUCAAAUCCAGUAUCAGGCAAUUGCUCUACGUACUACUAUUUUGGGGAAGGUGGGACUAGGAGUCCAUGGCCAUUGCCGUCAGAGUUCGCUCACUGCAGACCUUUGAUGUUGGUAGGGGAAGAUGAAGAAGCAUCCAAUGACAAGCCAUACGCAGUAUUGAUCUACGAGGCGUUGAUGCAGGCUCCUGGCCAUAGGAUGCUGCUGAGAGAUAUCUACGAGUGGUUCCGCCUCAACACGUCAAAGCCUCACGAGUCUGGCUCGAAUGGAUGGCAAAAUAGCAUCCGGCACAAUUUAUCCAUGAACAAGGCGUUUGAAAACGACAGAGACCAUUCCCACGGCCAUUCGAGAAAAGCCAACAGUGCCUGGAUAUUGACCAAAGACGCCGUUAAGAACGGAGUUCAGUCCACGACGAGAUACCGCAAAACUGGAGGGGCCAAAAGAUCGUUGGCCAGUCAAGUACCUGCCAUCCAACGUCAAAGAUCUGGUGCCAAAGGUGGUCGAGCAGCACGUCGCGCUGCCCGCCAGAGGCGUCAAGAGCGGUCUUUCGUCUCUGAUCGUCCUCCUUCCGGCAGCCCAGCCACCCCUUCGUAUUCGGACGUUAGCAACUACCACAAAUUUGAAUACCACAACCUUCAACCAGCCAUUCGAAGUUGGCCCAUGACGCCCGUAGAAGGCAAUCACAAUCUGGGAGAUGAUGUGCUCCAGGACGCGUCUCUGUCACCACUAAGCCCACGGGAUUACAAGGUUCAGCAUCGCCGUUUUGGAGAUGAGAGCUUGUAUGUACAAAGUCUUCUAUUGCGAUCAACAGGGAGUUAG